AGAUAAUGAUGAGAAGAAUGUAAACUCUGUCACCCCUAAACCUAGACCUUGUGAUUAAAUUGUGAAUUCAAGAUGGGGAAAACAAACUUUCAAUACGAUGAGAGCGGUACAACGUUCUACUACGUUCUUCUCACGUUCCUUGGCUUUAUACUCAUUCCCUCAACCUACUAUUUCUGGCCAGAGGAGGAUAAAGUAGACCCAGAGAAGAAGAAAAAGUACCAGGCUAACGCAAAGGAGACAAUAUAUUGGGAAGCAUGUCUGGAGAAAGCAGACAGGUUGGAGAAAAAAGAUCCGUGGAAGAAAACCCGAAGUCGGAUUGCGGUUCUUCUCAUUCUGAUCGGUUGGGUUUUUAUAGCUAUGAUAAUCUACCAGAUCUCGCAGUUUGAUUAUGAAAUGGCGAAUUUUGAUCCCUAUGAGAUCCUUCAGGUUUCAAUGUCUGCCGACAAGAAGACGAUUAAAUCUCAAUACAAGAAACUCUCCCUGAUUUAUCACCCUGACAAACCGACCGGAAAUGAAAAACUCUUUAUGAAACUACGGAAAGCGUACGACGCCCUGACGGACGAGACGGCACGGUAUAACUGGGAGCACUACGGAAACCCUGAUGGACCUCAAGCCAUGCAGUUCGGUAUCGGUCUCCCGGCCUGGAUAGUCGAGGAGAAAAACUCCGUCUGGGUUCUGGGUGUCUACACCCUUAUCUUCAUGAUAGGACUUCCUACCGCAGUUUGGUACUGGUGGUCCAGAUCUAGUAAGUUCAGCAGUGAGCAGGUUCUCCUAGAUACUACCCAGCUCUACUACUAUUUCUUUCAUAAAACCCCGCACAUGAUGCUGCGCCGGGUCCUGAUGGUGCUGGCGGCCAGUCUGGAGUAUGAAAAGGGACACAACUACGAGAUUGUAGAACGACCAACUGACAAUGCAGAGAUUCCCCAGCUGAUGAAGUGUAUACCCAACCUUGGUGUCAACAAUAAAGAGAAACCACUGUGCUUUGGAUACAGUGUGAAGACGAGAGUUCUUAUAUUCGCGCAUCUUUCCCGUCUCUCCUUACCCAAACAUACUCUACAUCAGGAUAGACUUUACGUUAUCAAAAAGUGCCCGUACCUUAUUCACGAGAUGGUUCAAUGUUUAAGCCAACUUAUCUUACUCGCCCACGCUGGCCGAAUCACACGUUUGCCGAGCCUUGAUACCGUUGAAGCAACGAUGCGUUGUUCUUCAAUGAUCGUGCAGGCUCUCUGGGACAAGCAGAGUCCUCUGCUCCAGCUGCCUCAUAUAGAAGAGGAUAUGCUAAAGUACUUUCACAGCAGGAGGAGGAACAUCAAGGGGUUGAAGCAGUUGGCACAGAUGAAGGAGGAGGAUAGAAGAUCUCUACUCAGAUCUAUCAAUGAUGAUCAAUACAAGGAUAUACUUAAGGUGCUGGGCAUGAUGCCCUGCCUGAGUAUGACUGUGACGACUGAGGUUGUGGACGACGAGGAACAGCAUGUUGUCACCGCCGGAGCCAUCAUCACUGUCACAAUCUCCGUUAAAAGGGACUCAUUGUCUAAGUACAUGUCCGAUACCUACGUAUACAACGAGGAUAAUGAGAACGAGGACCUGGAUCCCGAAGAUGCCGAGCUCCUGGACGAAGAGGAGGAUGAUAAAGACCAGGAGAAGGACGGAGAAGGGGAUGAGAAGGAGGAGGAGAAGAAGAAGGGUCCGGCCUGGAAAAAAACUCAACAGAAGAAGAAACCGAAGAAGGGAGGAAAACAGAAAUCUAAACCUAAAGCUAAAGGAAAAGAUACGACGGCUAAAACGAAUGGAGACUGUGAAAACUUGGUGGAGGUUAGCACAACUUUACAGAACAAACAGAAUACAGCCCGAAGAAAACUCGGCGGAGAAAGUGGAAGUGAAAGUGACGGAGAUGACUCUGGUAGUGAGGAUAGUGUGAGUGAAGGUGGAGCUCGAGAUCGAGGAGUAGAACGGAGCGGAGCAGGAGCAGGCGCCGUUAACAGUGAGGAGGAGGAUGAAGAUCAGGAGUGGGCCAAGUUCCAGAAUAAGGUUAACAAGAGAGAGAAGGCACUGGAGGGUAAAUCUAGGAUCUCCCACUCCGUACACUGUCCGUACUAUACAGACGACAAGCAGGAGUACUGGUGGGUUUAUAUCUGUGAUAGGAAGACGCAUAGUUUAGUAACUCCGCCCUACCACCUAACUGGGUUGGUAAACCAGGAGGAGGUGGAGCUCAAGUUCACUGCUCCGGGUAGACCUGGGCACUACGGGUUCACUGUUGUCAUCAGGUCGGACAGUUACAUGGGAUUAGACGUCCUGGAUGAUAUAAAACUGGACGUGAAGGAGGCCAGAGAGGCGCCUACAGAGCAUCCACAAUGGGAGUUUGAGGACGACGAGGGAGAAGAUGACGAGAACGAGGCGAGCCAGGAGAGCGAGUUCGCUACAGACGAUGAUUUCGAUGAUGACUCAGAUUAAUCUGUAAUCUCAAACAUUCCUCGGCGCUUUUUAAAACGCAAACAUCGAACUUCACUUCUAAGAAAUAAAUUUUUAUCUGGACAUUUUCCUGAAUAUGAAAUCCUUAUGGUUUUUCCAGGACUGAUUUUCAGGAAUUUGAUCUUUUUUGAACAAAUUUUCCUUAGUUUAUAUUUUCCUUGGAUCAUGUUUUCCUUGGAUCAUGUUUUCCUUGAGUUAUGUUUUCCUCGGAUCAUGUUUUCCUUAGAUCAUCUUGUUUUCCUUGGAUCUUGUUUCCUUGGAUUAUGUUUUCCUUGAAUCAUAAUUUUCUUGGAUCAUGUUUUCCUUGGAUCAUGUUUUCCUUGGAUCAUGUUUUCCUUGGAUUAUGUUUUCCUUGGAUCGUGUUUUCCUUGGAUAAUGUUUUCCUUGGAUCAUGCUUUCCUUGGAUCAUGUUUUCCUUAGAUCAUCUUGUUUUCCUUGGAUCAUGUUUUCCUUGAGUAAUGUUAUCCUUAGAUCUUGUUUUCCUUGGAUCAAGUUUUCCUUGGAUCAUAUUUUCCUUGGAUCAUAUUUUCCUUGGAUCAUAUUUUCCUUUCAUCAUGUUUUCCUUGGAUCAUGUUUUCCUUGGAUCAUGUUUUCCUCGGAUCAUGUUUUUCUUGGAUCUUGUUUUCCUUGGAUCAUGUUUUCCUUGUACCAUGCUUUCCUUGGAUCAUGUUUUCCUUGGAUCAUGUUUUCCUUGGAUCAUGUUUUCCUUGGAUCAUGUUUUCCUUGGAUCAUGUUUUUCUUGGAUCUUGUUUUUCUCGGAUCAUGUUUUUCUUGGAUCUUGUUUUUCUUGGAUCAUGUUUUCCUUGGACCAUGCUUUCCUUGGAUAAUGUUUUCCUUGGAUCAUGUUUUCCUCGGAUCAUGUUUUUCUUGGAUCAUGUUUUCCUUGGAUCAUGUUUUCCUUGGAUCAUGUUUUCCUUGUAUCAUGUUUUCCUUGGACCAUGCUUUCCUUGGAUCAUGUUUUCCUUGGAUCAUGUUUUCCUCGGAUCAUGUUUUUCUUGGAUCUUGUUUUCCUUGGAUCAUGUUUUUCUUGGACCAUGCUUUCCUUGGAUCAUGUUUUCCUUGGAUCAUGUUUUCCUCGGAUCAUGUUUUUCUUGGAUCUUGUUUUCCUUGGAUCAUGCUUUCCUUGGAUCAUGUUUUCCUUGGAUCGUGCUUUCCUUGGAUCAUGUUUUCCUUGGAUCAUGUUUUCCUUGGAUCUUGUUUUCCUUAGAUCUUGUUUUCUUUGGAUAAUGCUUUCCUUGGAUCAUGCUUUCUUUGGAUCUUGUUUUCCUUGGAUCUUGUUUUCCUUGGAUCAUGCUUUCCUUGGAUCAUGCUUUCCUUGGAUUAUGAUUUCCUUGGAUCUUGUUUUCCUUGGAUCAUGUUUUUCUUGGAUCACGUUUUCCUUGGAUCAUGUUUUCAUUAAUUUAUAUUUUCCCAGGAUCAUGUUUUCCUUAGUUUAUAUUUUCCUUGGAUAAUUUGGAUCAUGUUUUCCUUGGAUAAUGAUUUCCCUUAAUUCACUUUGUCUUGAAGAUCCGAUUACUUAGAAAUGAAUUUUUGAAUUUGCUUGUUUUAUUACAUUACUCUACUUUUUAUUUUUAUUUUGGAAUCGGAACAAAACAAAAUUUGUCCAAUUCUACUUAAUGAAUUUAUUUUUAAAUCCUCCCCCCCCCCCACACGUGUAUUCUUCGAACUCCUUUGGAUAAUACUUGAAACGAGUUAUUUGUUAAAAUUUUACACAGUUCAACUAGUCUUAUCCAUCUAAUGAAUUCAUUAAUAUAAUGUUGUAAAUCUGUUUGUAACUGUACAUGGUGAGACUGGUUGCAUUUUUAUGUUACAUGUGGGAAUUUUUCCCAAAAGUAAUGGUUUACUGGGAAUAAAAGUAAUUAAUUUAUAAAAUAGAUUGUGAUUUUCAGAAAAAAA